CAUGAACACUGCUACAUUCAGACCACCGCAGAGUGGCAAAUAAGACAUUUUCGCCCCGGAAGCUGACACUAAUACCACUUGUGCAAACAUGCAGAUCUUUGUGAAGACUCUUACUGGAAAGACGCUCACUCUCAGGGUCGAGUUCACUGACACAAUUAAGAAUGUGAAGACCAAAAUCCAUGAUAAUGAAGGUAUUCCACCUGACCAGCAGAGACUGAUCUUUGCUGGUAAGCAACUGGAGGAUGAUUGCACCCUCUCAGACUACAACAUUCAGAAAGAGUCGACCAUCCACCACGUCCUGCGCCUGAGAGGUGGCAUGCAGAUCUUUGUGAAGACCCUUACUGGUAAGACCAUCACCCUUGAAGUUGAGACCAGUGACACCGUUGAGAAUGUAAAGGCCAAAAUCCAGGACAAAGAAGGGAUUCCUCCUGACCAGCAAAGACUGAUUUUUGCCGGAAAGCAACUUGAAGAUGGUCGAACCCUGUCUGACUACAACAUCCAGAAGGAAGCUACCCUUCAUCUGGUCCUGCGUCUGAGAGGUGGCAUGCAGAUUUUUGUGAAGACCAUCACUGGAAAGACCAUCACCCUUGAGGUUGAGACCAGUGACACUGUUGAUAAUGUAAAGGCCAAAGUCCAGGACAAAGAAGGGAUUCCUCCUGACCAGCAAAGACUAAUCUUUGCCGGAAAGCAACUGGAGGACGGCCGAACUCUGUCUGACUACAACAUCCAAAAGGAAGCUACCCUUCAUCUUGUCCUGCGUCUGAGAGGUGGUAUGCAGAUCUUUGUAAAGACCCUUACUGAUAAGACCAUCACCCUUGAGGUUGAGACCAGUGACACUGUUGAGAAUGUAAAAGCCAAAAUCCAGGACAAAGAAGGGAUUCCUCCUGACCAGCAGAGACUAAUUUUUGCCGGAAAGCAACUGGAGGACGGCCGAACCCUGUCUGACUACAACAUCCAAAAGGAAGCGACCCUUCAUCUUGUCCUGCGUUUAAGAGGUGGUAUGCAGAUCUUUGUGAGGACCCUCACUGAUAAGACCAUCACCCUUGAGGUUGAGACCAGUGACACUGUUGAGAAUGUAAAGGUCAAAAUCCAGGACAAAGAAGGGAUUCCUCCUGACCAGCAGAGACUGAUUUUUGCCGGAAAGCAACUGGAAGAUGGCCGAACCCUGUCUGACUACAACAUCCAAAAGGAAGCUACCCUUCAUCUUGUCUUGCGUCUGAGAGGUGGCAUGCAGAUCUUUGUGAAGACCCUCACUGAUAAGACCAUCACCCUUGAGGUUGAGACCAGUGACACUGUUGAGAAUGUAAAGGCCAAAAUCCAGGACAAAGAAGGGAUUCCUCCUGACCAGCAGAGACUGAUUUUUGCCGGAAAGCAACUGGAAGAUGGCCGAACCCUGUCUGACUACAACAUCCAAAAGGAAGCUACCCUUCAUCUUGUCAUGCGUCUAAGAGGUGGCAUGCAGAUUUUUGUGAAGACCCUCACUGGCAAGACCAUCACCCUUGAGGUUGAGACCAGUGACACUGUAGAGAAUGUAAAGUCCAAAAUCCAGGACAAAGAAGGGAUUCCUCCUGACCAGCAGAGACUGAUUUUUGCAGGAAAGCAACUAGAAGAUGGCCGAACCCUCUCCGACUACAACAUCCAGAAGGAAGCUACUCUUCAUCUUGUCCUGCGUCUGAGAGGUGGCAUGCAGAUCUUUGUGAAGACCCUCACUGGCAAGACCAUCACCCUUGAGGUUGAGACCAGUGACACUGUUGAGAAUGUAAAGGCCAAAAUCCAGGACAAAGAAGGGAUUCCUCCUGACCAGCAGAGACUAAUUUUUGCCGGAAAGCAACUGGAAGAUGGCCGAACCCUGUCCGACUACAACAUCCAGAAGGAAGCUACUCUUCAUCUUGUCCUGCGUCUGAGAGGUGGCAUGCAGAUCUUUGUGAAGACCCUCACUGGCAAGACCAUCACCCUUGAGGUUGAGACUAGUGACACUGUAGAGAAUGUAAAGUCCAAAAUCCAGGACAAAGAAGGGAUUCCUCCUGACCAGCAGAGACUGAUUUUUGCAGGAAAGCAACUGGAAGAUGGCCGAACCCUGUCUGACUACAACAUCCAGAAGGAAGCUACUCUUCAUCUUGUCCUGCGUCUGAGAGGUGGCAUGCAGAUCUUUGUGAAGACCCUCACUGGUAAGACCAUCACCCUUGAGGUUGAGACCAGUGACACUGUUGAGAAUGUAAAGGCCAAAAUCCAGGACAAAGAAGGGAUUCCUCCUGACCAGCAGAGACUGAUUUUUGCCGGAAAGCAACUGGAAGAUGGCCGAACCCUGUCCGACUACAACAUCCAGAAGGAAGCUACCCUUCAUCUUGUCCUGCGUCUGAGAGGUGGCAUGCAGAUCUUUGUGAAGACCCUCACUGGUAAGACCAUCACCCUUGAGGUUGAGACCAGUGACACUGUUGAGAAUGUAAAGGCCAAAAUCCAGGACAAAGAAGGGAUUCCUCCUGACCAGCAGAGACUGAUUUUUGCCGGAAAGCAACUGGAAGAUGGCCGAACCCUGUCUGACUACAACAUCCAAAAGGAAGCUACCCUUCAUCUUGUCUUGCGUCUGAGAGGUGGUAUGCAGAUCUUUGUGAAGACCCUCACUGAUAAGACUAUCACCCUUGAGGUUGAGACCAGUGACACUGUUGAGAAUGUAAAGGCCAAAAUCCAAGACAAAGAAGGGAUUCCUCCUGACCAGCAGAGACUGAUUUUUGCCGGAAAGCAACUGGAAGAUGGCCGAACCCUGUCUGACUACAACAUCCAGAAGGAAGCUACCCUUCAUCUUGUCCUGCGUCUGAGAGGUGGCAUGCAGAUCUUUGUGAAGACCCUCACUGGUAAGACCAUCACCCUUGAGGUUGAGACCAGUGACACCGUAGAGAAUGUAAAGGCCAAAAUCCAGGACAAAGAAGGGAUUCCUCCAGACCAGCAAAGACUGAUUUUUGCUGGAAAGCAACUUGAAGAUGGUCGAACCCUCUCCGACUACAACAUCCAAAAGGAAGCUACCCUUCAUCUGGUCCUGCGUCUGAGAGGUGGCAUGCAGAUCUUUGUGAAGGCCCUCACUGGUAAGACCAUAACUCUUGAGGUUGAGACCAGUGACACUGUUGAGAAUGUGAAGACCAAAAUUCAGGAUAAAGAAGGGAUUCCUCCUGACCAGCAGAGGCUUAUAUUUGCUGGUAAACAACUGGAAGAUGGCCGUAUCCUCUCUGACUACAACAUCCAGAAAGAGUCCACACUUCAUGUUGUCUUGCGUCUCAGAGGUGGCAUGCAGAUCUUUGUGAGGACCCUUACUGGCAAAACAGUUACACUUGAGGUUGAGACCAGUGACACUGUUGAGAAUAUAAAGGCCAAAAUCCAGGACAAAGAAGGGAUUCCUCCUGACCAGCAGAGACUGAUUUUUGCCGGUAAGCAACUGGAAGAUGGCCGAACCCUGUCUGACUACAACAUCCAGAAAGAAGCUACCCUUCAUCUUGUUCUGCGUCUGAGAGGUGGCAUGCAGAUCUUUGUGAAGACCCUUAGCGGAAAGACCAUCACUCUUGAGGUUGAGACCAGUGAUAUCGUUGAAAAUGUGAAGACCAAAAUCCAAGACAAGGAAGGAAUUCCUCCUGAUCAGCAGAGAUUAAUCUUUGCUGGUAAACAACUGGAAGAUGGCCGUACCUUGUCUGACUACAACAUCCAAAAAGAGUCUACCCUGCAUCUUGUCCUGCGUCUGAGAGGUGGCCAGUGGAGUAUCUCAGGAUUCUAUACUUAAAACCUCUAAAGCUUAUGUGUUCCCUAUGACUCUUAUGUGAUGGAAAUAAAUGACAACAUUUUCCAAUGUG